AUGUUUCCUUUUACGGAAAAUUAUGUACGUUUUCAUGCUAUUAAAUCCAUCUGUCUGUCUGUAUCAUCUAUCUAUCUAUCUAUCUAUCUAUCUAUCUAUCUAUCUAUCUGUCUGUCUGUCUGUUCACAUACAUCUAUCUAUAUCUGUCCAUUAUCUAUCGCAGUCUGUUCCUAUCUAUCUCAUUCUGUUCGUAUCUUUCUAUCUAUAUAUCUCCUUCUAUUCAUAUCUAUCUAUCUAUCUAUCUAUCUAUCUAUCUAUCUAUCUAUCUAUCUAUCUAUCUAUCUGUCUAUAGCUGUUCACUAUCUAUCUAUCUAUCUAUCUAUCUAUCUAUCUAUCUAUCUAUCUAUCUAUAGCUGUUCACUAUCUAUCUAUCUCAGUCUUUUCAUAUAUAUCUAUCUAUCUAUAUCUGUUCAUUAUCUAUCUCAGUCCGUUCCUAUCUAUCUUAUUCUGUUCAUAUCUUUCUAUCUAUAUAUCUCAUUCUAUUCAUAUAUCUAUCUAUCUAUCUAUCUAUCUAUUUUAUCUAUCUAUCUAUGUCUGUUCACUAUCUAUCUAUCUAUCUAUCUAUCUAUCUAUCUAUCUAUCUAUCUAUCUCAGUCUGUUCAUAUAUAUCUAUCUAUAUCUGUCCAUUAUCUAUCUCAGUCUGUUCCUAUCUAUUACUCUGUUCAAAUCUUUCUAUCUAUAUAUCUCAUUCUAUUCAUCUCUCUCUCUCUCUCUAUCUAUCUAUCUAUCUAUCUAUCUAUCUAUCUAUCUAUCUAUCUAUCUAUCUAUCUAUCUAUCUAUCUAUCUAUCUAUCUAUCUAUCUAUCUAUCUAUCUAUAUCUGUCCAUUAUCUAUCGCAAUAUAUUCCUAUCUAUCUUAUUCUGUUCAUAUCGUUCUAUCUAUAUAUCUCAUUCUAUUCAUAUCUAUCUAUCUAUCUAUCUAUCUAUCUAUCUAUCUAUCUAUCUCAGUCUUUUCAUAUCUAUCUAUCUAUCUAUCUAUCUAUCUAUCUAUCUAUCUAUCUAUCUAUCUCUGUCCAUUAUCUAUCGCAAUAUAUUCCUAUCUAUAUUAUUCUGUUCAUAUCGUUCUAUCUAUAUAUCUCAUUCUAUUCAUAUCUAUCUAUCUAUCUAUCUAUCUAUAG